GAAAAUGUUUAAAAAAAUAUCCAUCAUUCUGCAUGAAACAGCGCUCAAAGCGGGACGUGUAUCAUAUUCGAAGCGGUUCGACUGCAAUAAAAGCGAAGCGGGAUAAAAACACCACAAAUCAAAAAAACGAAAAUGUUUGACAAAAACUAGUGCGCGCGUAUAAUUUCGGCGAAAGUUUUAUAUCUAAAGCUAUUUCUAAAAUCUCAACAAUCUGGUGAAGUUCAGUAAACAAAAAAUAACUAUCUCACAAAAAACUGCAACAAGUUCUUGCAUUUAUACAUCAAAUACUCAACAACCAACAGUGCCUACCGCCUCGUCAUAAAAUCGCCAACAACUGAUAGUUCAUACGGAUAAAAUUUCCUUCUUCCAUCAUCAACGAUUGCCGGCUUUUGAGUAAUUCGAGCUAAUUAAAAUCUAUUUAAGUUUCAAUUGUAACCUUAAGCCACAGAAGUGACAUGAGUCCCCUGCACUUGUUGGUAAUUUUAGCUGUUGCCAUUAGCCCUUGCGUUAAUGGGGACUCUGAAUUCACCUACUACGGUACUAUGGGGCCAGAUCAUUGGAGUGAACACUACAACCAAUGUGCUGGCAAGCAUCAAAGUCCCAUUGCAAUCAACGAUCUGGAUGUAAUCGAUAGAUUCUACCUUGAUAUUAUUUAUGAGCAUUUUGAUAAGAAGCCAGUUAACGCCACAAUCACCAACAAUGGCCACACUGUACAAGUAAAUUUGGAAUAUGAAGAUCAUGCUCCAUAUAUAUCGCAAGGUCCGCUAGAAGGCAAAGGGAAAUAUGAAUUCCAGCAGUUACAUUUCCAUUGGGGUGAGGACAACAGUGUGGGCAGUGAAGAUCGCAUCAACAAUGUGACAUUUCCAAUGGAGUUGCAUAUCGUGUUUCGUAAUACCAAAUAUAAUGAUUUUGCUGAAGCUUCGCUCAGAGACGAUGGCGUAGCUGUAAUGGCAUUUUUUUAUGAGAUCAGCGAAGAUAUCGACCGAGAUUAUGAUACCUUUACCAGUCACCUAAGCAAUAUAAUUGAGCCCAAAUCGAAAACUAGAGUGGAACCAAUUACUUUAUUUGGCUUAAUGCCGGAAGACAUACGCAAAUAUUAUACCUAUAUCGGCUCUCUGACGACACCGCCCUGCAGUGAAGAUGUGAUAUGGAUGGAUUUUAGCAACCCUAUCUCCGUGUCCUCAUCUUUGUUGGAUCGUUUUCGGGCCCUAAAGACGUUCGAUGGCUCGCCUUUGAGCCAUAAUUUUCGUCCUGUGCAACCACUGAACAAUCGCAAAGUCUAUCGGGCCCAUAGUGAAUCACGUUUACCACAAUCCGGCCCGGCUAUAACAAUACCGAUCAUUGAUGUUUGGCAUGAUGGAGCACAUCACACUUCAGCCCCUUUGGCUUUGGCGGCAACACUUUUAAUCUUGAGUUUUUAUUUAGUUUAGCCACUAUUAGACCACACAAGGAAUGAGCUGUUGGUUAACGUGUAUAUAUAGUGAACAUCGUGGCUAUAUUCAUGUUUAAAGUGACCAAACCUAUUUCAAGCAUAGAAAUUAAUCAAAAGUACAAUUAGGAAGUCGAAUUAGAUUUGGGAUGUUUAGUCAAGAUUCAUAACGAUGAUAUUCUGACAUGUAAGAAUAUCUAUGGGAAUUUAUUCUUUUGCUUAUGUUUGCUUACAUCAAUAUGUACAUAUAACACACCCAUACUAUAACACUUAUAUUAUGUAGUAGUUAGUUAUCGGUAGCGUUUUAUAUUAAGAGUUACUUUUAAGUGCCGCACAUAUACUCGCAUAUAAAUAAUUAUGCAAUAACUAGAAUAUAGAAAAUCCAUUCUCAUUACAAAGUUCAAAUCGAAUUGAAAUAAAGAACAUGCUCAUGAAAUGGAAUUAUGUCUAUGAA